AUGAGCGUGAAGCGGUCACCACCCGGUUCUAGAGCGGGCUCACCUUUUAGUGGUGAAUCUUUGAGCGGAUCAAACACCGAUCUACCUACUAACGAUUAUCAUAAAAUAACACAUAGAAGACGUAAACAAAUAGAUGCAGAUUUCGUGUCGUCUUCUCAGCUGACAGAAUUCAAAAAUGAAAUAAUGGAAUUUUUCAAUAAUUUUGGGAACUCACAGAGGAAAGAAUUUAAAAGUUUGAAAGAUGAAGUGUCACAAAUUAAAGGAGUAAAAGACGACGUCACGAUUAUUAGGGAACAGCUGGAAUCUAUAAAAAUCAGUACUGUGAAAAUCACUCGCGAGCAUAGUGAAAUGAUGAAUGAUAUUUCCGAAUUGAAAAACUCGUUAAAUUAUCAUUCAGCUGAACAAACCACUCUCACAACACGUAUUGAUGAUGUGGUAUCGGAGAUCAAAAAGGUUGAUCUGUUGCAGCAAAAUAUAUCGGAAUUACAAGAAAAGUAUGAAUCUCUGCGAAAUGAAUAUAAUUUUAUGCAGCAACGUGAUCGCGCCAUGAAUAUUGAGAUCUCUCAGAUCCCCGAAAAAAAGAAUGAAAUUGUCUCCGAUUACGUUAUUGCAAUAGGCAAAUACACGGGAAUAGUUAUAUCUGCCGAGGACUUAAUUUAUGCUCAUCGUGUUAAAUCACGUGACAGCGACAAUAAAUCACCAAAAAAUAUUGUGGUUCAACUAAAAUCAAUCCUCUUGAGAGACAGCAUCAUCUCUGCUGUACUUAUCAAAACAGCUAAGAGUCAAAGUGAAAAGCUUAAAAGUAGUCAUCUUGGCAUUGGCGGAGAGAAGCAGUCAGUCUUUGGCAUGGAGCAUCUGUCAACCACCCAAAAGGAAAUAAGUACAUGCUGCAGCGAGAUGUAA